AUGAGCGUCGCCUACGAGCCCCGGAGCUUCAUGCACGAGGGCACAUACCCCCCCAUCGGAGAUGAGCACGACCACGGCGCCGACCACCGGUACACGGACAGCGAUGUGGCCGAGCACCUGAGCCACUACACAGCUGGGGCGGCCGGCAUGCUCCCGGAUGACCGGGACGGCAUCAUGGGCGAUCACGACGACCAGAGCGGCAUCAUGGGCGACCACAACACCGGCGUCGUCGACGACGACCCGUCGAGGCUGGACCUCGACCCCACAGGCUUCUCAUCGCCCAUACAGCUCCCUAUGCAGACGACGACGAUGCAGGAGCCCCCUCAAGGGAUGCACGACGACGCCAACGACGUGCCUGACAACGACAGCAGCAACAACGUGUUGACGGUCAAGCCCGAAUCUCCUAUGACGGUGGCCAUGGGUGGCGGCGGGGACUCGCCGCAGCCCCCGUCGUCGUCUUCGCGCUCAAAGACCAUGUCGAAACCCGACCGCGAAGCCGUCAAGCAGGCCGACGGCAAGUUCCACUGCCCCCUACACGACUGCAAGGAAGAAGUGCGCUCCUUUUCGCGCAAGUGCGAGUGGAAGUAUGUUUACGUCCCGUCCGACCCAAUCCCCCUGCCCCCAUCCCACGCUAACGACUGGUGCUUCCCCAGCAAACACAUGGACAAGCACGAGCGACCGUACCGAUGCCUCGUCGAAGGCUGCGAGAGCCUCCCCGGCUUCACCUACUCGGGUGGCCUACUACGACACGAGCGUGAAGUCCACGGCAAACAUGGCGGCCCGAAGAAGACGGUCAACUGCCCCCAUACCAACUGCAAGCGCCACACGGGCAAGGGCUUCUCCCGUCUCGAGAACCUAAACGAGCACCUCCGACGCGUCCACACCGCCAACAACCCCGGGGAGACACCCCCCGGCGGCAACAGUGUCACCAACGCCAUGCUCGGGGCCAUGGACUCUGCCGAGUCGCACGACGACAACGAGAGUGAGAAAUCGGGCGUGAAGCGCAAACGUCGGUCACGUGAAGACUCCGGCAGCGGCGGCGGCGACGUCUUCGGAGGUGCCGUCCCCGCCACCGACAUGGACGAGAUGAUGGUGCUGCGCGAAGAGAUCAAGCGCGUCCGCGAGGAGAAUGACAAGCUCAAGGCCGAGAUGGACCAGCAGUCGCAUCACUCUCUGGCCAUGAUGGCCCAGAUUGCCGAGCUGCAGGAUGCUCUACGCCACGGUCUGUCGCAUACUUCUCUCAAUGGGCCCACGGCUCAACUCAUUUAA